CUACAUGAUCUACUCCAUCGUUUCCUAAAUUACAGGCGCGUUGAAAGCGUGGAUGUUUUCUGUCCGUCUUCAAACAUUCCAUUCUAUCAACUUAACUUAACUUGUUCUAAUUUUAAUUUAAUCCUCUCUUAAUUUUUUUUCCCCAUUCUUUCUUACUUUCAGCCGUUUUUUCUUGCUCACUUCCUGCUUUCUUCCUCAACACCCAAUUCAAUCCCAUUUCCAUUUAACAAACCCUUUAACUAAUCUUAAUCAAUUACCCAGAAAUCACCUUUUUAUUUUUAUUAAAUCAGUUGAAUUUUCUUAAAAAAAUCGAAGCUUUUUUAGUCAGAGAUAAACAGAGUAUUUUUAAUUUUUUCAUUGAAAAGAUCUGUCUUAGUCUUUGGAAGUGGGAGAGUACUUGGUCUCAUGUUCAUUGUUAUUAGUUGGACUUUGUCUUAAUUUAAUUUUAAUUUAAUUAAUUUGAGGGAUUUGAAGUAGUUGAUGACAUUUGGGGGGGUGCAUGUCAUGCAAUUGAAAGCAAUUGAUUUGGGUAUUUUGAAGAUUUCAGAGAGAUUAAAUACACGCUUUCUAGAAUUUUAACUACUAUAAAGAAUAUUAUUUCUACAUUUUAUUUCCUGGGUUUUUCUUUAUUUAUUUAACAAAGGUGGCACCAUAGUUGUGGAGUUCAACUUCAAUCUCAACAUUCUUACAGCUAGGCCGAUGCGUCAACCGCAGGUAACGUUCGCUAGGCGGACCGCUUCGGGCCGUUAUAUCCAUGAUAACCUAUCAAGAGAUGAUCUUGAUAGUGAGAUUGGGAGUGUGGAAUUCAUGAAUUACACAGUUCAUAUUCCUCCAACUCCUGAUAAUCAACCCAUGGACCCUACCAUCUCUCAACGGGUCGAGGAGCAAUACGUGUCAAACUCCCUCUUUACGGGCGGGUUUAAUAGUGAAACCCGUGCACACUUGAUGGAUAAGGUGACGGAAGCAGAGACGACCCAUCCUCAAAUGGCGGGGGCAAAAGGGUCAUCUUGUCAAGUCCAUGGUUGUGAUGGGAAAGUGAUGAGUGAUGGAAGAGGUGCUGAUAUACUUCCUUGUGAAUGUGACUUUAAGAUUUGUAGGGAUUGUUAUAUUGAUGCCGUUAAAGGGGGUGAUUCGAUGUGUCCCGGGUGUAAAGAGGGUUACAAACAUACCGAUUUGGAUGAAAAGGCGGUUGAUUCUUCCGGGCGGGCUUUACCUUUGCCACCCUCGAAGCAAGAUAGACGGAUGUCGUUGAUGAAAUCUACUAAGUCCGGGUAUAUGAGGAGUCAAACUGGUGGAGCUGAGUUUGAUCAUAAUAGGUGGCUGUUUGAGACUAAGGGUACUUAUGGUUAUGGAAAUGCUAUUUGGCCAAAGGAAGGUGGUUAUGAAAAUGGCGGCGGCGGUGGUGGUGGUGGUGAUGGUGAUGGAGGUUAUGAACCAUCCGAGUUUUUAAACAAACCUUGGAGGCCUCUUACUCGAAAACUGAGGAUUCCCGCUGCAGUUAUCAGCCCAUACAGGCUUCUUGUGUUUAUCAGACUGGUUGUUCUUGCAUUGUUUCUUACAUGGAGGGUAAGAAACCCUAACAAUGAUGCCAUAUGGCUAUGGGGUUUAUCCGUGGUUUGUGAACUCUGGUUUGCGUUCUCGUGGGUCCUUGACCAGCUGCCAAAGCUUAACCCAGUUAACCGCAUUACUGACCUAACUGUCUUAAAAGAAAAGUUCGAAAUGGCGGGCCCCAACAACCCGACUGGAAAAUCCGAUCUUCCGGGAGUAGACGUAUUCGUUUCUACUGCUGAUCCCGAAAAGGAACCGCCACUCGUUACUUCAAACACGAUUCUUUCAAUUCUUGCAACCGAUUACCCUGUUGAUAAGCUUUCCUGCUAUGUCUCAGACGAUGGAGGUGCACUUCUAACCUUUGAAGCAAUGGCUGAAGCGGCUAGUUUUGCUAACUUGUGGGUCCCGUUUUGUCGGAAGCAUAAUAUUGAGCCAAGAAAUCCCGAGUCUUACUUCAGCCUGAAAAGGGACCCGUACAAGAACAAGGUUAAGACGGACUUUGUUAAGGAUCGCCGUCGGGUUAAGCGUGAGUAUGAUGAGUAUAAGGUUCGUGUUAAUGGUCUUCCUGAUUCGAUUCGAAGGCGUACUGAUGCUUACAAUGCUAGAGAAGAGAUUAAGGCUUUGAAGAUGCAGAGAGAGCAAGCACCGGAUGAACCGUUGGAACCUAUAAAAGUUCAAAAGGCUACUUGGAUGGCUGAUGGGACCCACUGGCCAGGCACUUGGUUGAAUCCGGCACCUGAGCACUCUAAGGGUGACCAUGCUGGAGUUAUUCAGGUCAUGUUGAAGCCUCCAAGUGACGAACCACUUCAUGGGUCGGUUGGUGAUGACAUCCCGCUUGACUACAGUGAAGUUGAUAUUCGCCUCCCAAUGCUGGUUUAUGUUUCACGAGAGAAACGUCCUGGUUAUGACCACAACAAGAAGGCCGGGGCUAUGAACGCACUUGUUCGUGGGUCAGCGGUCAUGUCAAACGGACCGUUCAUUCUUAAUCUGGAUUGUGAUCACUAUAUCUACAACUCCCAGGCUAUAAGAGAAGGCAUGUGCUUCAUGAUGGAUCGUGGUGGGGACCGCAUUUGUUACGUCCAGUUCCCUCAGAGGUUCGAAGGUAUUGACCCGUCUGAUCGUUACGCCAACCACAACACUGUUUUCUUUGAUAUUAACAUGCGGGCUCUUGACGGGCUUCAAGGCCCGGUUUAUGUCGGGACGGGUUGUCUUUUCCGUAGGAUUGCCUUGUAUGGGUUUGAUCCACCUAGAUCCAAGGAACAUGGUGGCUUCUGUGACUUCUGCUUUAACCGCCGCAAGAAGAAGAGAGUUGCGAUCGAUCAUUCGUCUGACGAGAACCGGGCUCUUAGAAUGGGAGACUCGGACGACGAAAUGGACAUGUCUUUGUUUCCGAAAAGAUUUGGUAACUCGAGCUUUCUUGUUGACUCGAUUCCGGUUGCGGAGUUCCAAGGCCGCCCUCUUGCUGAUCACCCGUCCAUCAAGAACGGAAGACCACCUGGCGCUCUAACCAUCCCCCGGGACCUUCUAGAUGCUUCCACAGUUGCCGAGGCCAUCAGUGUCGUAUCGUGUUGGUACGAGGAUAAGACCGAAUGGGGCGGUCGUAUCGGUUGGAUUUACGGGUCCGUGACGGAAGACGUGGUCACGGGUUACCGAAUGCACAACCGUGGCUGGAGAUCUAUAUAUUGUGUUACAAAGAGGGACGCGUUCCGUGGGACCGCACCCAUCAAUCUUACCGACAGGCUCCACCAAGUCCUUCGGUGGGCCACGGGGUCCGUCGAAAUCUUCUUCUCGAGAAACAAUGCCUUCAUUGCCAGUCCUCGGAUGAAGAUCCUCCAACGGAUCGCGUACCUCAACGUCGGUAUCUACCCGUUCACCUCAAUCUUCCUCAUCGUGUACUGCUUCCUACCCGCACUCUCCCUAUUUUCGGGUCAAUUCAUCGUCCAAAACCUCAGCGUCACCUUCCUCAUUUACCUCCUCAUCAUCUCCCUAACCCUCUGUUUACUUGCACUUCUCGAGAUCAAGUGGUCCGGAAUCAACCUCGAAGAAUGGUGGAGGAACGAACAGUUCUGGCUUAUCGGAGGGACAAGUGCACAUCUCGCAGCUGUUCUUCAAGGUUUGCUCAAAGUUGUUGCUGGUAUCGAAAUUUCCUUCACUUUGACAUCGAAAUCGGGUGGUGAUGAUAAUGAUGAUGAAUUUGCUGAUCUUUACGUUGUGAAAUGGACUUCUCUGAUGAUUCCUCCACUUGUGAUUAUUAUGGUUAAUUUGAUUGCUAUUGCAGUUGGUUUUAGUAGAACCAUUUACAGUACAAUCCCACAAUGGAGCAGGCUUUUAGGUGGGGUGUUCUUUAGUUUCUGGGUUUUGGCUCAUCUUUAUCCUUUUGCUAAAGGGCUCAUGGGAAGAAGAGGAAGAACACCCACGAUUGUUUUCGUGUGGGCGGGUCUUAUCGCCAUUACCAUUUCCCUUUUAUGGGUCGCAAUCCGACCCCCGGGUGGGGCCGAAAACGCAGAAAUUGGAGGUGGCUUUACUUUCCCUUAAACAGAGACUUGAUAAAGAUGAUCUUCUUUCUUGAAGUCCCAUGAAAUUAUACAGGGAUGUUGUAGAUUUUGCUGGGAAUGAUUUUUCCUUUUCCCAUGGAAAUUGUCUGUUUGAUUUGGAUGUUCAUACAUGUGGGGAGAAAACAGAACAGUCACACACAUACAUUUUUACUGCAGCUUUUACAUUCUUUUGUAAUUUAAUUUACCUUUGUAGAGACAAAGAUAGUUGGGAAUCAUUUGAGAGGAUGAUACAGAAUUAUGUAACACUGUAAUCAUCACAUUUGAUUUAUUUUUCUUUGAGCAAUCAAAUUUUGUUUAUGUAAUUUUGUGGA